UUCAUCUGCUGGUCAGAGGCUUCAGAGAUUGCAGUGGUGUAAUAAAGCAUGGCUGUCCAAUAUAACAUCCCAUGGCACAUGCUAAAGGGGCUUGACCCUGGCAACUCAGAAAUAUGCACUUUGAAAGGUUCUGUCACUACAGGAUUGGAACCGAGUGCUAGGGAUGAAAUUGCAGCCAAGCUAAAGAGUGUUGCAUUUUGUGCUCGUGGCAGAGUCUUCUUUGAUGUCAAGAAGGACCAACUAUCAGCGGCAUUAAAGCUGAGAUCUUUGGACCACAUCAAUGUUCUGGUUGCUGUUCAACCACAGUUUGGAUUCACCAAGAAUAAGGUGGUCUGCCUGAAGAAGCUGCGCCUGCUGCCGCGCACGCUCGACUGGACCAAGGCGCUGACGGUGUGGCAGAGCUGCGGUGGAUUCGCCGGCGACCCGUUCACGCGGCGGCCUGACCAGCAGCUGGAGGUGAUCGAGCUGGCGGCCGAGCCGGCCAGCGCCGCCGGUGACGGCCGCGCCUCCGCCCGCGACCUGCUCGACGGCAUGCGCGCGCCCGUCGUCGCCACCAAGGUGACGGAGGGCGGGGAGGCGGUGGAAGGCGACCCGGGGCGUGGGGCCGCCGGAGGAGACGCGGCGAUGGAACCGGAGUCAAAGCACGCAGAGGUGGAGGGAGGUGGCAGUGCAGGGGCGGCGGGCGGAGAGAUAGUGGAGGUAGCUGUUGAGGCCAAUGAAGCCGCGUCCAGUGACGCUGGCGCCGCGGCGGCGGAAGCUGUGGAGGGCGCCACUGAAGCGCCGGAGAUGGAGCCCGCGGGCAAGGGCGACGCGGUCAGAGAAACGGCCUCAGACGCUGCUGAGAAGCCUGCCUCCGUCGAGGCGCAAGGCGUGGCUGAGGAGAAGAUACAGAGGACGGUGCCGGGCGAAGCACAGAACAUGCAAGAAGCGGUGCAGCAUGUGACGCCCGACAAGACUCUGGACCCGCCCGCCGAGAGUACCGAAGACCCGGCCACCAACCCCGUCCCCGACGCUACGCCUGACGCGGCGCCUGCCACCGCUCCUGGCUCAGCUCAGGAGCCGUCAGUGUCGGCGGCCGGGGCCGCCCAGGAGCCUGCGGCAGAGCAAGCGACCGGCGCCGUCACCGUGCCCGCCUUCCGUGCCACCUGCUUCCGAGCUGGCGGCGGGAAGCAGGGACACGCCUUCUCCUCCAACGAGGGCGCCGAGAACUUCGGCGGCGCCGUCCAGGACCUGUUCGGCUGGAAGGUCAGCAUGAAGGGCUACGACUUGGAGGUUGUCCUGGACGUGGAGUUUGACAUGGUGAGUGUGGGCGUGUCGCUGACACCGCGCGCCCUCUUCUACCGCAACCUGGUGAAGCUGGGACCCACCUCGCUCCGCUCCACCGUCUGCUUCAACCUGCUGAUGAUCGCCAAGCCACAGCCGUACGAGGUGGUGGUGGACCCACUCUGCGGCGGAGGCUCCAUCUCACUGGAGGGCGCCCAGGCUUUCCCGGGCACGUUCCACAUCUGCGGCGACAAUUACCCGGACGCGGCCGGACGGGCGGCGCUGAACCGCGAGUUCAGCAGCCGCCAGUGCAGCGACUCGGCCCAGCUGCCGAUCGACAUUUUCACCUGGGACUGCACCCGGCUGCCGCUGCGCAACGCCUGCGCUGACGUCAUCGUCUCGGACAUGCCGUUUGGGAAACGGAUGGGUUCGAAGUACGACAACCGGACGCUGUACCCCAACUGUAUGGAGGAGAUGGCGCGCAUCUGCGUGCCGCGCUACGGCCGGGCCGUGCUGCUGACGCAGGACAAGAACACCAUGCAGAAGACGCUGUACCACCAGCGCAUCAAGCAGUUGUGGCGAUGCCGAGCCUCGCCGUACGUCAACAUCGGCGGCCUGGCCGGCUACGCCUACCUCCUGCAGCGCACAGACUACGUGCGUCGCCCGCCGCCGACCCGGGGGCCGUGGAGGGCGCCCGGGCCGGGCGGGCCCGGCGCCGCGGCCCGGCCGCCAGCGGGCGCCGACGAGACGGUGGCGGCUCUGGCGCGCCCCGGCGCCGAGGCCGAAGACGGGGCUGCAGCUUCAGGCGCUGCGGCUGGAGAGGCGGGGUCGGCCGACACCGCGGUCAAAGUCGUGGCAGCGGACUGA